AAUACACGUCAUGUGUUACGCAAAAACUGUCAUAAAAAUCAAGAUGGCAGCCAUGAAAACAUCUCCCGGUCUUGUCAAUUUCUUUAUUUACAAUUCUACUUUUGGUCCAAAGGAAGGGAUGGAAAAAGAAAAGAUUGUUCUUUAUAUCCCAACUGGUGAAGACCUAGACAGGAAAAUCAAGAAUAUUGGACUGUGUGAGGCAUUGGUAAAGUUUACACAGACAUUCUCACCAGACAAGCCCUGUAACUCUCUUCAUACUCAAAAAACAAGGCAAGUCUUUUUUGAAGCAGAACCAGAAUUCUGGAUGAUCAUGACCAUCAGCAUUCCUUUUAGUGAGAAGACCGCGAAGGAUGGCAAGAUGAUCAUUGAAUACCAUGACGAAGAUGUUUUGGAUUCUGUUCUUGAUGCAGUCUUGAAGCAAGCAUACAAAAUGUUCAAGGUACCAAAUUUGUUUUUAUUAGAUGGUUUCGUAUUCUAUGGUCUUGAACAAGAAGAUAUGCGCACAUUGUAUAAAUACUUGGUGACAAGUUUGUUUCCUUCAAUAGAUCUCCAGAGUAUGGAAAAUCCAAGAUCUCAAGGUUAUGUUGUUGUUCCACCCAAGUCACAUCAUGGAAGGUACAAAUCUGAUCAGCGAGAACUAUUUGUGAUCUUGAACCAAAAGAAUGCAAACCUUAUAGAGAUUGAUGAGGAAGUGAAAAGACUGGGUAUCACACAAUUUCACAACAUCUUCUUCUUGGACUAGUUUAGUUGAAAAUAAGAACCUGUUGAUCACUGUUAGAAAACAGCCAUUUGAUGGUUGCAAGUGAUAGAGAUGGUGUUUUUACAAGACAAUUGUCUUGGUUCAGUCAAAUGCAGUAUAUUUGCUUGGCAGUACACUACAGGCAAAAGUCAAAAAUCUAAGAUUUUAUUACCAAUUCCACUUAUGACAUUUGUGUGGCUUAAGAGUCGGCAGUGACUGACUGAAAGGAAGAUUUUAAAAUUUUGAAUUCCAUAAGAUGCACGAAAUUACUCUUUAUCUUAAUAAUUAUCGUCUACUAGCUUUUAAAUAGCAAUAAAAUUAGCUCAAAAAUUUGAUUUCCAUAAGAUUUUGUGAGGACUUUUUAAAACUGGCCAAUAGUGUAGAUGACUUUAGCCAAUCACUUUAUGAUAUGUAAACUUGUAGACUUUAAGUAGUUAUACAAAAGAAGCGUUUUCUAUAACUCGAUGAGACAAGAAAAAUCUAGUACACUUUGUUUUUCAAAGUUUAGGUGAAAUACUUGUUAAACUUCAGGGGCUCGGUUGUUCAAAGCCCGAUUGCUAUUUCAGGAUUAACGAGAAUUUUGACUUGAGUUUUGUAACUCUUCGGUGAUGU